UAAAAUUAAUAGGUAUUUUUGCAACACAUAACACACAUACACAAAAUGUUGUUAUUAUAAAGCAAUUAUUUAUAAGAAAUGCAUUUAUUCAUAAAUCACUGUUGUUUUCAGUUUGUUCCUUCAUAUACGAAUCUCUACUUGGAAACAUACCCAAAUUCUAUCUGUAAUCUUAGAUGUCAUAUACGUAUAAAAAUACUGUGCUUUUUUUUAAACUAAUCCAUGUUUUUUAAAUUAUUUUGGGGUAGCCAUAUUACCACCACUUUUUUCUUCUACAGAUUAUGCAAUGCGUCACAUUUUUAUAAAUCCUAAGUAACAAAUAUUUUAAAAUUUGGAAUUUGUUAAACAACACUUUGACUAAUAGAAUCGUUUCAGUUUCAAUAUAAAAUAUUGAUUAUAAACGAAGUUAUUCAAUAAAAUAAAAAUGCGUGACAUACCACCCUCUUCUCUUCUAUGUAAUUCAUCUCUAAGCGCGCGCGCGCUUUUACUGUAUAAUUUUAAUUAUUGUUUAUUUGAGUAAUAGCUAAUGUUUUUAGUUCUUUUUAUGUAUAACACAAGUGUCAAAAAUCUCAAAUUAUACACAUAUAGCGGACAUCAAAUCUGACCACUGGUGUUUGCUACACGAAAAAUAAAAUUUUCGAUGCCAUACUUAAUCAUGGUUUAUUAAAGCUAUAUGUUUGCUGUCGUAAUUAUAAACUACAGCAAAAGCUGUUUGUUGUUGUUUCUAAUAUAUAAAUAAAGGAGCAAAACGAGUAUGUCUAUUAGAAUCACGCCGUAUAGCAACAUAAAAAUAGUUUGAUAUUGGAACCAACCGAUAUGUUAGAGACAAACAAAUAACACACUUGGUAGCUAAUUAAGGUAAUUACGUUGAAUACACUUUUAUAGCUGCAGAGUACAUUUUGGACAUAGCAAAUAUGUUCUGUAGUUAAACUCAUAAACUCUUUUAACUAAUUGUAAAUAAUACAGAAUUCACAGAUAAGACAUUAGCUCUCUAUAUAUUAUAACUAUAAUUUAAUUACCACUUGUAGUUUUUAGCUAUUGCAGCUACUUUUUUUUCCCGUGUAUGUACAAUUGGGAAAAGGAACAAACGACUUCAGAGCACGAACACGAAUGUCCGAACAUUUGCGUUCGCUGUUCAUUUGUAGAUGCGUAUCUAGCUUUAUGUAGUAUCGUCAUAUUUUUAUAAAUAAUAUUUAAUGUAAUAAAUAUAUCACAUUUUUAAGUAUGGAAUCCAUUGAAGAACAGUUUGAUGAAUAUAAUUGUUAAGCUUUCAAUUUAAAAUAUUGAUUAUUAACAACAUAUUCUAUAAAAUUUAAAUGUGUGAUAUCAUAAUGUUACUUUCUCUAAUAAAAAAAAGGAAAGAAAAUAUAAAAGUAUGAAUCUAUUACUCAGUUCUGCCAGUCAAUGGCUGUUCGAUUACUGCCGUAUGUAUCUAAUAAUGCUCUAUUUGAUGUCGUGCAUUUACUUAUAUUUAUAUGAUAAUCUUAGUUUUAACAUUAAAAUCUUUUUAAUAACACUCUCGCACUUUUCACUCUACACUACAAUCGACACAGUGGCAAUAAUUAGCGGCAACGAGCAUGAUGCCGAACACCAAACAUCGUUUAUCAAAAAUUCCACGGUUUCUCCUAGCGCGAGUGAUUUUUACAUUUAAAAUAAAAAUGACUGCUUUCGGAAAUGUUCGGACGUUGUUUGCACAGCGUCGCGAAAGGGCCGGGGUAGAUUCCGGAGUGUGCUGCGAGGACGCAUGUACAUGGAUAGGCCGUCGAAAGAGAAAGAGAGAAAGAGAGAAAGAGAGAAAAAGGAAGCUAUGGAAAACGGAGACGACAGUUACGCGCCCGUACGUAAGUCAGACAGCGAGCGAGAAAUAAACAAUUCGAGCGCGAGGGAGAGGGAGACGGAGUCAUGGGGUCCCGUACGCGCUCGCUUCCACGGCGUACGGCCUGGAGAGCGACGGCAGUGGGAGUGGGGACGGGGGAGUAUUCGAACGGCAACUGAACGCGAGGCAGUACACGCGCAGCCGCCGGGACGUGCGCAUCUCGCGCGUGUGUGUCUCGCAUCCGACUCGGAGCGAGCGAGGGAGAGGGAGAAGCCCGCGAAAUCGAGUGAUCAACACGGCACUGUGCGUUCGGAUCUCGCGGUCGCUUCACGGCACUAAUAAGCCGCUUCUCAAAUCACUAAUGCACGAAGUCGAGCGUUCCUCUUGUCGAAUCGAGGUUAGAUUGUCCGCAGUGUCGGGUGAUUUGAUGCCGAAAUAUUCGCGACACGCGCGAAGUCGUCAGUGACCGUACACCCGUCAUUUGCUCACGCUGAGAACAAAGUAGGAUGAUUUUGGUGUUUUCAUUGAGAACUCGAGACACUUUCGUGCCGUCGAUCUCUUUUGGUUCACGACUGUGCCGCGUCACACGCGCCACUUUCGCGGCGCAUUGAAAAGUGCGCCAAGCGUGUUAUUCAGUGCUCUCCGCCGAAUCCUCGCCGAGUCCUGUCGCGCGUCGCGUCGACUCCGCGCUGAUACGGAUUUGGACUCGCGAAUUGACGAUAACGUGUGCUUUCAAUCUUGACUCUUUUUAAUUACAGAACGAUCAAGCGCGCGCGUACCGAGGGUCGAAUUGUGUUCCGUGUCAAGGGCCUUCGACCUUGGCGCGAUCGCACGUCUUUCGAAGCGUUUGUUUUUGUCGCGAAUUCGAGAACCGCGUCGAAUUAUUUCGAAAGACGGCGCGUCGGAUUAUUUCUACGUGGCCACGCGCGGUGAGCCGCUCGAGAUUCGAAUUCUCUGCCGCGUUCGAACGCCGGGACCGCGCGCGCUCCGGCAAUUUCGCGGGAUCUUCCGAUUACACGAAUUCGCGAGUGUGCAAAUACGGCCGGCGUGAGAGCGGCCGAGUGACUUGCCAGCGAUGCGGUUGCAUGGGAUAAGGGUGUCGCGGAAGGAGGAGGACGAUCCAACGAUCGAUCAUGAAGCACCUCUUCGUGGACGUCGUUAAGGUGCUCCACCUUUGCCACAUUAAACUUGCGAGUUCCAGAUAUAUACCAUGGAGGUACGAGCAGAAAGACUACGGACCGCCGGUCGCAUAGCACCAACCGGAAGAGUAACACCAACGGUUCAUCAAACCGGUGGAGGCCGAAGGAAAGCCAUACCGGUUCCACCACCAAGGGUGCCGACUCCUAUGCCCGCUGCGAAUAAUAAUCAACAAAAGAACAAUGCCAACGUUGUCGUCCCGCCCACCGUAUCGGCUGUAUCGAAGAAAGAGCCGCAAGAGAACAUUGCCCGGAUAGCGAAACGGUACCUCGACGAUAACAUGCAGCAGGCGUGGAUCAAUCCUCGUCUAAUAUCGAUGAUAAAUAUGGAAGCAACCGAUUACGACUCUAUGAAUCUCAGCAGGAAUUUUAAUCAGGUCGGUUUCAACACCUACAACUACUCGCAGUUUGAAGAAAAGUAUAAGCCGCGGCAGAUUUUCAAAUACGGCGAAGAGUACGUCGAGUACGGGCAUAGGCUCGGCGCCCACGAAAGAUUCGCGCGAACAAAGUACCAGGACGGUUUGAGGCUCGAUCAGCGAUACUCGCGUAGCCAUUCUCAGCCUGAACGGCAGCAUUACUCGUCCCAGGAAACGCGUUCAAAGUCUCAAGAUUCCCGCGAGUUCACGUUCUAUCAGAUAGACCCGCCAGUGAAAUCGGAAAAUCCACGGCAACAUGACAAAUCGCAUCAAAAACCGAAGAAAGAAUUGAUCUUCUACGAGAUUGAUGGACUCCCGUCUGGUCAGGAGAGAAGGGAUAAGACCGAGGUGUGCAAGGAGCGUGCCGAUAAGAGUGUCAAGUUCCAUGACAAGUGCCACGCCGACGGUCAGGAGAGGCAGACCGCGAAGCACGGCAGGCAGAGUCAUCAGGAGAGUCAGCAGAAGACGCUGGCGAACGCGCCAACAUUGAAUUACCAUCAGCUGAACCGGUCGCAGUCGGAUCUUACGGAGUGUCAACUGCCGAAUUACUGCGGGCACAGGAAUAAUCCGUACAUCGAUCCGCCCAAGUAUCGACAGUUCGACAAGCCGCCGCGUUAUCAGGAAGUCCCGUUGAAAUCGGAACCGCCGCCCAAGUAUAACGCCGAUCCGCCUAAGUACGCCGAGGUGUCCAGACAGCAGGACGACUUUAAGAGGAUCCAGGAGGAGAGAGGCAGACGACAAGGUGGUGGCGGCGAAAGCGGCAACGCGGGCGGGGGCGGCGGCGUCAGCGGCGGUGGUGGCGGUGGCGGUAAUUCCAGCGCAGGAAGGGGGAACACCGGUACUCAUGGCGCCGAGACGCCCUCUAAUCUGGCCAGUAUCACGCCGACCGCGCGAGAAGUAACACGUGUCGCGAUCACGCGUCAACGGAUGUCCCAUAAGACGUGCGACGUGCGCGGCAACGGCAACAACAAUAACAACAACAAUAACAACAACAGCAAUAGCAAGGAGAACCUGUUGCAGGAGACCGGCGUCGAUUGCGAAUCCCGCUGUCACGUCGAACCGCCAAAGAGUCAUCAUCAUCAUCACCAUCAUCAUCAUUAUCAUCAGCAAUAUCAUAAGAUUCGUGGAGUUGGUGGUAGCAACGUUGCUAACGGUCUUGUCGGUAAUGUCUUCUCGGACAAUGGUAGCGGCGGCUCGUACGGCGAGGUAACAACGUGCGACAAGUACAAGGGCACCGGGUCGGAGUCGAAUUGGGCCGGCAGCGGUGACGCGAUUCAAGGUCGCUCGAGCGAGAGAUCCAUGCUGAAGAUCGAAAAGCUCUCGGGGAAGACCGUUCUGCACGGCGGUGAGUCGGCGGCGGUCAGCAGCAAGUGCGGCGCGGAGAGAAUGAAGUCGACCUCGCAGGAGGUCGGUUACAACAAGCACGAGGUCAGCAAGGCCAAGAGUCACGAUGUCGGGCACGGUUACAAAGUUGAGAAUCUACGUUACUACGGCGAGCUAAAGGGCUACGCGGACUUUAAGGCCUAUGGCGCCGUGGACAAGCAACCGGCAUCCGUGCUGGUGUCCGCGCACGAGAAGUCGCAUCUUCAGACGUCCACCUCGUGCGAGAAGGGUGACAAGUGUCACGGCAAGGCGCCGUCCUCGUCCGCGCAGGGCUACAGCCUGGCCAAGAUUGGUCAGCAACAGGCGGAGAAAAGCCAUCACGGCGGCGAUCACUACUACCACAGAUCGUCGCACUCGAAGCCGCCGAGCGUGUAUCAGGUGUACCAGGAGACCAAGUACUCGUACAACGUGAGCGGGGUGCCCGGGACGCCGGCGCAGGCCAGCGCAGCUGCGGCCUUCUUCGCAAGGGCAGCACAGAAACUGAAUCUGUCGUCGAGCCCGCAUCGGAGACGUCGCUCCGGCGACGAAAACAUCGGACCUGACGAGUUGCCCAUUUUUCCCAAUGGAUACGCCGCGCUCCUUCUCAAGUCACCACCUCCGGCACCACCCGCCCUUCUCAGGAGGAUAGGCGUAAAGGAGCUCACCGGGGUCGGCAAGGUAAAAGUUAUGCUGAGGGUAUCACCCGGAGACGGGGGUAGUUUCUUCAACGCGGACAAACGCAAGAAGCAAGUUACGUUAGUGGACCCAGCAUCCGGACAAUCUUCGUCGGCGGAAGAUCGACGGCCUACUGUGGCGGCGCCGAAAAUGUUCGCGUUUGACGCCAUCUUCACCGAGGAAGACUCUCAGACCGAGAUCUGUUCAAGCGCUCUUACGGAUGUCAUUCACGCGGUCAUCAAUGGAACGGAUGGCUGCCUAUUUUGUUUCGGACACGCUGGUUUGGGUAAAUCUCAUACCAUGCUGGGAACUCCGGAGGCCGGUCAUACCCUGGGCGCAAUUCCUUGCGCCAUAGCGUGGCUCUUCCGCGGAAUUUCGGAGCAACGACAGAGAACUGGCGCCAGGUUUAGCGUCAGGGUCAGCUGCGUGGAGUUGACCACCGGCCAACAACAACUGAGAGACCUGCUUGCGGCGCACGCGAACGACUCGGAACAAUCGCCGGCGGUGUACCUCAGAGACGAUCCGCUGUUUGGUACUCUUCAAUUGCAGCAGCACAGCGAGCUCCGCGCGCCGACGGCGGAACGCGCGGCAUUCUACCUCGACGCGGCGGUUGCCGGUCGUCAACGGGAGGACGGCGACGCACAUAUGCUCUACACGUUGCACGUGUACCAGUAUAGUGUUGCCGGCAAGGGUGGAGUUGCCGGCGGUAGAAGCCGGUUGCACUUGAUGGAUCUGGGAAACUCGGAUCGUGGAAAAUCAUCGGGCGGAAUUCCCCUCUCCGGUCUGGGCAACAUUCUGCUCGCGAUUUUUAACGGCCAGAAGCACUUGCCGUACAAGGAACACAAACUGACCCAACUGCUGAAAGAGUGCCUCGGCUCUCUGACCUGUCACGCAGCCAUGAUAGCUCACGUGUCACCCAACGCCCAGCAUUACACAGAGACAUUGACCACUGUUCAAUUGGCGUCGAGGAUUCAUCGGAUGCGACGUCGAAAGAUCAAGUUUGUCGGCAGCAACACCCAGGGUACCGGUAGCGGCGGCAGUUCCGGCGAGGAAGCGGCUCGGCAAAACAGCGAAUGCGAUCCGAGUUCGAGUGAUCUGUCGGCCGACACCGUGAUCUACGUCGGGCCGAGCGCCGACGACGCCACCGACGGCGAGCACCCGCCCGUCUACAUACCCAGCUUAAAUUCGGGUGACAAUCGUUGCGCGAUGGGCAGAGUGCUUCGCGGUUCCGCCGCCGAAAGACCAAGCAAGAUCCCGGAGGAGCGUAGUCCGGCUCACAAGUCCUCGAAGACGGUGAAAACGUUGACGCAGACCGCGUCGAAGCAAACGUCACCGGCGCACAGCGUGACACCGAAAGCGAGUCCGGCCAGGAAGAACUCCUCGUCGAAAAACGCUUCGGCCAAGAUUGGCGAUUCACCUAGCAGUAAGAUACCAGUAGCAGCGCCGAGCGGUGGAUCCGACGAACAGUGGAUAGACGGACCGAGAAUUUCCAAGUCGAAAGUCGCGGAGGCGAGACAUAUGCUGAAGGAUUCUCAUCACAAACGAGAGACAUGGAUUGACGGACCAAUGCAGCUAACUGGCGCGCCGGCGCUGCAGCUGCACACGCAUCAACACUCCACCGGUUACGGUUUCAUGGACAGUCACAAGAAGAGCAUGAUCAGAAAGUGGGUAGAAAAUCAGUCAUCCCAAAUACAGCGGGCGAAGCACGCCACGCCGCGACUCGAGUCCUCGAAGAUGUCUUCCGGCCAGUCAUCCGGUCAGUUUAAAGAGCUGACCCAGUUCAAAACCUGCGGCGCGGACGACGACGAUACGUCGUUGUCCACCGUGGAGAGCGAUAGUUUAAAGGCGAACGAGAUCGAGGACAUAACCGAGAAACUGAGUGCCAAGCUGAAUCUACUUAACGUUAAGUCUAACACAGAUUCAGGAUUAGAUUUGACGGCUAGCCCAGUGAUGGAUGAUAGCAUUGAGAAAGGGAAACUUGACUUGCCGGACGACGAAGAUGACGAUGAAGAAAUCGUUGUGCCUCCCCCGCUGCCACUGAUCGAACCACUUAGCAACGGAGUCAGCCGAGAGGUGUCCAUGGAAAGCCUGAAUCUAUCGCACAAGGACAUUGUUCUACCCUCCAGGCACUCGUUGUCCUCCGAGGACGAAAUUUUAGAGAUUGUCGAGGUGGAGGAUUUGGAGCCAGUACCUAUGCAAGACUCGUGUCUGCAAGUGACCGAGGAAGAUAUUGCGCUCUGCAUGGGUGAAAACCCGUUGCCCGAAAGCGACCAGGAAGAGCAUCCUCUGAGGAUUCUUAGCCAAGAAAAUCUCACUGUGGUAUCAACUUUCACAGACUCCAUGUCGGUGAUGUCGGACACGGAGAGAUAUAGACCGCAUUAUCCACCGCCGGUCGGCGCGGGUGUUCUGCCCAGACCGUACUUCGACCACGAAGACUUUCUCGAGCAAGAGACCAGGCACAAGUUCGAUCAGUUGGCCCGCCUCCACGAGCUCUACCAAAGCAAACUCGCGCUCGCCAACGUUUCCAACUCCGUGACUUAUCAAAGAGAAAAUUCCUCCACUGUCAACGUGCGAGACGCUCCAUCAGCGACCGUCUUCCAUCCGCCGUCUCGCUGUCAGUCUUUAUCACUUUCGGAUGUCUUGUUCAACGACAACGCGAGCAAUCACGGCAGCAUAUACAGCGAGCCGGCGUACAUAGCCGGCAAGCCCGAUCAAGAGAAGAUCUGCGAUAAUUGUCGUCAGAGCAUGUCUAGGCCCGCUACGGCCUCUUAUUGGUACCCCAGCAGCGUCGCUCAUCUCGCCAGUCCCAGAAGGUACUGCGGCAAGUUGGGCGAUUGCAACAUCUCUAAUCUAAGGCAUCCGGACGGUGCGUCGAAUCCUAAUCUAAAAGAGGAGAUCGAAAGGAUACCCGGAAACGGAGCGUCCGGCUCGGAUCCCGAAGAAGAGUACAUCGAGGCAAAGAAGCUGUUUACGGCUGCUGAGAGAUCUGAGAGAACGGUCACCGGAAAAUCUGAUAUCGAAGAAGAUCUAAAGAUUCAAGGCGGUACACCCUUGCAACUACCAAUGCCAUCUCCGGCGCCGUCCUCCGGACGAAUGCAACGCAAGAUCCUUAGUCUCGGUUCUUCAUUCGGCCUAAACAAGGAGGGCUCCGAUUCCGGUGCGGAUACAACGCCGCGGGCGGCCAAGCUGUCGCCGGCCACGCUGUCCAGACAUCGUGCCGAGAGCUCGGGUUACGACAGUAUUGUCAGAGACAGCGAGACGAGCAGCAUCGCCAGCGACUCGUCCCGACAAACAGGCGCACUACAGGAACACCAAGCGGUGGAACAGCGGGCGGCAGGGUACGGGCCUCGGCGGUCGCGGGCCCUCUGCCGGGCUCAACCGGGGCCGCCCGCGGCGUCGGCGAUUCUCGCAUAUACAGGCGAGGACGUAGACAUCCUGGACAGGCGCGCGCGGGUGCGCUCGAAUCCACAUGGAACGACGUCCAGGAUACACAGCCUGCGCCUGCGCCAGCGCCUUCUUAAGCUGGAGCUACGCGACGCCAAAAGGCGCCUUAUGAUACCUGACACCCGCUGGGACUACAAUCUGUACGUGGAAGACAGUAUGGACUGGCGAGAUCCGUCGUUUUUGGAGGCCCUAACGGCUGAGACGUGCAUUUUGCAGAAGAGAGUAGAGGCCUGUAAGAGUCACGUUGUUCUGGUCACUUGCUUCGACUCCUGCCCUCAACAAUCGCCAUCGGCCGAGAUUAAGAUCACCUAACGUAGACUCAGAUCAGCACGCAUAACCGCGUGUUGAUCACCAAUCCCGCCCACCCACCUACGAAUUUAAUCGUUGAAACGAGACGAGCGAGGUCGCCGAAUGGAACGGAAAUAAAAUUAGGAGAUAAUGACGUCGAUGUCGCUCGACUCCGUCCAAUAGUUGUUAAUGAUAUAUCGUGGUAUCGUCAUCGUCAUCAUUAUUGUUAAGUCUUGUAAAACGGUACUAGAAAGAUUAAAGAAGAAAUAAGAGAAGUUAAAGUAAAAAUUUUACCGAGGUAGCGCACACGUACACGCACACGCACGUGUCUUAUCGAAGUUAUAUUAUGAAGUUAUAACGAAAGGUGUAUUCGUGUUAGAGAUUUCGUGGUUGCUUCAGUUUCAACGAUGUUUCUCAGGAUGUGUGCAGAACGAAGAUGUUAGAUAAUUUUCGCGGUUGUUACAAUAGCGAAACGAGUCUCGGUUUCGAACGUCGACAUUUGCGCUGCAUUUGCAUCGACAUUAACGGUUAACGUGAGAAAUUGGUGCUUUGUUCUUACAUCUAUUAUUCAUCAGAGUUAUUUAGAAACAUUAUCGCUGCCAUUUUCUAUUUGAUGUCAUUAGUAAAUUAUAAGAGAAAAAAGAAAGAGAUAUUUCAGACCUAAAGACUGUUGGCCAGUCGGCCGAACCACGUAUUUAUCGGGAACAGCGACGAGUAGAAUAAGCGGAUGAUGAUGCGCGCUAAACUUCUAUUGUCGCACUAGACUAGAAAUAUUCAUCUCGACCUAGAAACAAUAUAACACACGCGUCGAUAUUCGUAAUAAUGUUGAUCGAGGAGUAACAAUCGACCGCGGAUUAAAAGACAGUAGAGUGAUAAUCGAGAAAACCGAUCAUGAACAAUUGUGAAAUCAGAUAUGAUUAUUCGAGCAAUUUCGCAGCAUCGACAAUUGAGAUCGGCCACAAUCCGGACAGUAAUCGUGAUUGAUUAAAUUUAGUCCUUCUCUAUGUUACGCAUUAGGGCUACGAUCCCCGGGAGGGAGAAGAAAUAUUGUUAAAUGACGUUGGUUAAUCUGAGUUGCCAAUGAAAAUCGCUCGUAAUGACGGAUAUUAAGAGAUUAGAAGUAAAUGCAGAUUUGUUCAUGGAAAAAUCGAGCUUCGGUUUUGAGGUAAAGCCAAACGUGAACGACGCACUGCCAAACGAGUGCAAAAUAAAAAAAA